AUACGGCAUUGCAAUGAAAACAGGAAGAAAGACACCAGGAGGAAAUAUUUUCCCAAAAUGAAUCAGAGCGCGAUGGAGGGAUAUUGUGCGGUGGAAUGAGUCGUGAUCAUGGCGCAUUAGCCAACAGCAGAUGGAAGAGAACGAGGAUUUGUCUUUUCAGAGAGAGAGAAAGAGUGAGUACGUGUUUUCAAUGAGCUGAAUCCCAUAUGAUGGAACGGGCGAUGGAGCAAUUAAACGUACAGCUGAGUCGACUGACGCGGUCCCUGCGCCGUGCGAGGACUGUGGAACUCCCCGAAGACAGUGAAACAGCCGUGUACACCCUCAUGCCAAUGGUCAUGGCUGACCAGCACAGAUCAGUUUCUGAAUUGCUUUUAAACUCGAAGUUUGAUGUCAACUACGCAUUUGGACGUGUUAAAAGAAGCCUUCUACAUAUCGCUGCCAACUGUGGAUCAAUAGAGUGUCUCGUCCUGCUGCUGAGGCGUGGAGCGAAUCCAAACUAUCAGGAUAUCUCCGGCUGCACACCUCUGCAUCUGGCUGCAAGAAACGGACAGAAGAAGUGUAUGGGCAGACUGUUAGAGUACAAUGCUGAUGUUAAUAUUUGUAAUAAUGAAGGUCUCACUGCUAUUCAUUGGCUGGCAGUGAAUGGAAGGACAGAGCUUCUUCAUGACCUGGUGCAGCAUGUGUCUAAUGUGGACGUGGAGGACGCCAUGGGCCAGACAGCCUUACAUGUGGCCUGCCAGAACGGACACAAGACUACAGUGCAGUGUCUCCUGGACAGUGGAGCGGACAUCAACAGGCCCAAUGUCUCUGGAGCGACUCCACUCUAUUUCGCCUGCAGUCAUGGUCAGAGGGACACCGCACAGAUACUGCUCCUCAGGGGAGCCAAGUAUUUGCCAGACAAGAAUGGAGUUACACCACUUGACCUGUGUGUGCAGGGUGGAUAUGGUGAAACAUGUGAAAUUCUCAUCCAGCACCAUAGCAGACUGUUUCAGACACUGAUACAGAUGACCCAGGAUGAUGACAUUAAAGAGAACAUGUUAAGGCAGGUCCUAGAACAUGUUUCACAGCAGAGUGACUCCAGCUACCAAAUGAUGUUGACCAGCUUGGCUGAGGUGGCAACCACAAAUGGACACAAACUUCUGAGCUUGUCCAGUAACUUUGAGGUCCAAACAAAGAGUUUGCUCCGAAUUAUCCGGAUCUUCUGUCAUGUGUUCUGUCUCGGGCCGUCCUCCCCAAACAACGGGAAAGACAUGGGUUACAACGGAAACAAGACACCACGUAACCAGGUGUUUAAGCCUCUGGAGCUGCUGUGGCACUCUCUUGAAGAAUGGCUGGUCCUCAUCUCCACUGAGAUGGAUAAGGAGAGCACAGACGCAACAACCUCAUCCUCGGGAAAUGACAUUGCGUCACUUUUCCUGAAAAACCAGGAGGUCAACCCCUCCGUUGCCAGCGAAAAUCCCCCACUGUUGCUGGAGGCCAAGUCGAUGAUGAAGACUCCGGAGGGUUGUGCUGAUGGUCAGGAUGUCAUCUCUAUGAUAGCCAAUCGCCUGAGUGCUGUGAUCCAGGCCUUCUACAUGUGCUGUUCCUGUCAGAUGCCACAUGGCAUGACCUCCCCUCGAUUCAUUGAGUUUGUCUGUAAACAUGAUGAAGCGCUCAAGUGUUUUGUGACGAGGAAUCCCACAAUCAUCUUCAACCAUUUCCACUUCCUGCUGGAGUGCCCUGAGCUCAUGUCCCGCUUCAUGCAUAUUAUUAAAGGACAGCCAUUUAAAGACAGGUGUGAGUGGUUUUAUGAACAUCUUCUGGCUGGACAGCCGGACUCAGAUAUGGUGCACCGGCCAGUUAAUGAAAAUGAUAUUCUUCUUGUUCACAGAGACUCAUUAUUCCGAAGCAGCUGUGAGGUUGUAUCCAAGUCCUCCAAUAAGAAACUCAAACAGGGCAUUGCAGUGCGGUUCCAUGGUGAAGAGGGAAUGGGUCAGGGGGUGGUCAGAGAGUGGUUUGACAUUCUGUCCAAUGAGAUCAUCAACCCGGACUAUGCACUGUUUACACAAUCAGCUGAUGGUACCACGUUUCAACCCAACAGCAAUUCUUCUGUAAACCCAGAUCAUCUGAACUACUUUGGAUUUGCUGGUCAAAUCCUGGGUCUGGCUCUCUAUCACCGACAGCUGGUGAACAUCUACUUCACACGCUCCUUUUACAAGCACAUACUGGGCAUCCCAGUGAGCUAUCAGGAUGUGUCAUCCAUUGACCCAGAGUAUGCAAAAAAUCUGCAGUGGAUUCUGGACAAUGACAUCAGUGACCUUGGCCUUGAGCUCACGUUCUCUGUAGAAACAGAUGUGUUUGGAACCAUGGAAGAGGUUCCUCUCAAACCAGGAGGAACUGCCAUUCAGGUCACCCAAGACAACAAGGCCGAGUACGUACAGCUGGUGACGGAGCUCAGGAUGACCCGAGCGAUUCAGCCGCAGAUCAAUGCCUUCCUGCAGGGCUUUCACACUUUCAUCCUCCCCUCGCUCAUCCAGCUCUUUGAUGAAUAUGAGCUGGAACUGCUGUUGUCAGGUAUGCCUGAAAUUGAUGUGAUGGACUGGAAGAAGAACACAGAGUACACUAGUGGCUACGACCUGCAGGAGCCUGUUAUACAGUGGUUUUGGGAAGUGGUUGAAAAUCUCACUCAAGAAGAAAGAGUCCUUCUUUUACAGUUUGUUACAGGAAGUUCAAGAGUUCCUCAUGGAGGAUUUGCUUUUCUGAUGGGCGGCAGUGGUCUGCAAAAGUUUACUAUUGCCGCUGUGCCCUACACAUCAAACCUACUGCCUACCUCUAGCACAUGUAUCAACAUGCUGAAACUCCCAGAAUAUCCCAGCAAGGAUGUCCUGCGUGAUCGUUUGCUGGUUGCACUGCAUUGUGGGAGUUACGGAUACACCAUGGCAUGACACUGGCUUUUGCGUUUGCUGAGAAUUCUGCUCUGUGGACACACGACGCACACAUGGCUCAGUUCAGGGAUUCUUCAACACUUCAAUUCAAAAGCCUUUAUUAUUUUUUUUUUCACAUGAAAUCUAUGACAAGGACAUCAGUGAAUAAUGUAAUGAAUUAAAGAUACUUCAGGCACUGAAGCGGUUCUGCAUAUGUGAAAAUUAUAUCCAGGUCACAUUACACAAUAAAGUCAAAAUAAGAAUGAUUAUUUUGCUUAAAGAAUUUAUUUAUUUUGCUUGUUAUUUCCAUUGCUACAGUAGUCUCUUUUUUUCUGUAUUACAUCAAGUACACUACUAUUUUACAGUAAAUGUUCUAAUUAUUAUUAUUAUUAUUUAGUAAAAUAAAAUUAUUUUGUUUUCUAAUUCAUCAUAAAAAUAGAUUACGCAUUAAAAUAUUUACUUUUUUUUUUUUUUGGGGGGGGGGGGGGGUGAAAUAUUACCUUGACUGGUCUCUUGUGGUUCACUCUUAAUAAUAAAUUGGACAAUGACUGAAUCCAAAUGGCCUGUUAUAAAUGUUAGUCUUCUUUGACAUUAAUAAGUGUACUCCAGGCUGUAUUAUGUAAACUAUUUGAUGCUGUUCAAUUCACACUGUGUUUGAACUGUAUGUGUGUGCAGAUGCAUGUGAGACUUUUCUAUAUAUAGAGAGAGAGAGAGAGAGCUUUUAUCAUAACACAACUGUCAACACAUUAUUGAAAAUGGUCAUUUUGAGCAGUUUAAUUAAAUUAAAUAUUUUUUUUUUUCUGUUACACUGUUGUAUUGAUCUCUUGUGGCACACUUUUUGUUGUCUAGAAAGUUCCUUAAUCUCUCAUGACUACUGUGCAAUAUAUAUAUUCAUGUACUUGGAUGUAUUUAGUUUUAUAUGGGGUUGUCAGUAUAGUCAAAUAAUUAUUGAUUUCAUAUUUGUCUAAAUUGUUUAUGUGUAGUUAUUCAGUAUAAAGUAUGAAAUGUUAUAGGUGUGCCAAAAAUUCUCACCAACAAAUCAUAUAAUUUCUUGUAAAACAAGGACAUGUCAUGAAAUGAUUUUGAAAAGGGAAGACACAUCAUUUUAGGAAUGUACCAUAUCUUUACUAAUGGUUGAGGUCCAAAUGUAGAUCUUUAAAUCAAUUUAUUCUGAUUUAUCAUUAUGAUUUUUGAUUCAGAUUUUUUUUUGUACUUGUAAUAACAGAGUAAACUGCACACUGCACAAUCUUUGGAUUUCACAGGUGGACAUAAAUAUUAAAGAAUGCUUUUUAUUUCAAACAAA